AAAAAAAAAAAAAAAAUCCUUUUUUUCUUUUUUUUUUGUUUCCGUUUUAUUUUUUUAUAUAUAUUUUAAAUCGUUACAGACUUACAGUGUACGCGGAUUUCGCUUUUCUGUUAUCCGCCAGUUAUUUGUUUUAAAGAGUAAAAAAGUUCUAUUCGUGCUUGGCAUGACGUACAGUACAGAUAGAGUUGUCAGUGUUCAGCGUAGUACAGCCACAAUAACAAACAAUGCAACACCAACACAGUCUUAUCGUGCAAAACAGCUCGAAUGCUUUACCGUGCCCAACAUAUACCGCCUGGAUGCCACACCCACUGACGCUGAUGCAGGAUAUGAUGAGGAGGAUGACUCUGUAGAGGAUGAAGGUGUUCCUGUAUCUACAGCUGCCUAUCCACCACCACCACCUGCAGGCUGGCCAUCAGGCUAUCCUCUGCCUCCUCCUCCACCACCACCAGGAGUGAGCGGAUAUGUACCACCACCUCCUCCGCCUGAUUGGCCAACGAACUAUCCAUGGCCACCACCUCCACCACCUCCUCCGCCACCAGGAUGGUGGGGAAGAGGAAGACGUAGAAGGCGUAAGAAACACUCUUCUACCGAUCCAGUAAAUCAUUUUUUCUCUACAUCAUUUGUGUUAGGUGCCUUAGCUUUCUUUUGUAUCAAACGAGCCAAACGCAGGCAUCGAAAAAAAUGGAUCACAUCCAACAGUAGCAGCAGCAGCGCGGAUAUGUAUCAAUACACAACAGAGGGCCAAGACAACGCAUGUGUUGAAACGAUACCGUCCAGUACUGCUGUGGAAGCAAGAGCAUUUGUACCACCCGCUUUGAAAUUGGAAUACGGACCCGACGCCUACGUAGGACGACCCCAAGCUCCAUCUGCGCGAGACGAUACGUACUAUUACUCUCCUUACUCUCCUCCUUCACCGCACUUGUCUCAGCCUAGUGAUACGGUGGAUACUACAUCCGGUCAUGGUGGAGGAGGAUAUUAUCAUUCCUAUCUUUCUGGGGAUCAUAGCGCUGGAUACACCAUGGCGAAUCAUCCUCCGUAUCAUGCCACUUCUCCAGCUCAGCCGGCGGCAUUGGGAACAGCAGCAGCAGCAGCAGCCACUGCCGCGGCUAUGAGCAAGAACGAAAGCUACUAUUCCAGUAGUUAUUAUGACGGUAGCCAGAUAGGUAGUAGUGAAGGUUGUCCUGAAGCUUAUGUGGACGCAAGUAGGCCCACUAGUACAGCCUUCGUUUCUGGUGCUCUUGGAACAGCAGGCGCAGGCGCAGGCGUUGCUGCUACUGGUGCUGUACACCAUCCUAAUGAUCCUGGUGAGCAAGCUAUCCACCGCGGGGAUGGAUCUGUCAGGUGGCCAUCGGAUGAUAUCCAUGGGAUCGACACACAGACGACAGGUCAAAUGCAUCACGAAGAUAACGAUACACAUUUUGAAGGAACCACUGCUGUAGGUAGUGAUUCCGCUGGAAGAUGCUCCAUGUCGGAUACUCACCGAGACAAGACUUAUUUUAAUGCGGAAGAAGACGCAUCUUCUGCUGUUGUAAGAAAGCCUGAUGCUAAAGAUUAAAAGCAGAACCUAUCUAUGGUUUUUUCUUUGUCGUUGCUAAAUCUUGGAAACAUUUUUUUUUUUUUUUUUUUUUUU